AUGGCUGGUACUCCGGACGGCGAGAAGCCGACUUACCAAUACCAGCCCAUCGUCCCCUCUGAAAGUCUACGCGAUCACAGUCUAAGGGUCAUCGUACUUCUCCCAGCUGACGGUAGAGAUGCACCUUUGCGAUGCGAGCUGGAGCAUAUAACCAUCGGAUCCAUACUAGAGGACUACGGCGAGAAAGCCUACAAUGCCAUCUCAUACACCUGGGGCGACGAGAAGUUCUCGGAGAAGCUAUACACCAUUCAAUCCGGGGAAGAAGACACCUACCUACUGAUAUCUCCAAGCGUAUCCCGAAUCUUACGAGGUCUUCGUGGCCAGGACGCUAGGGUGAGAUUGUGGGUCGAUGCUAUCUGCGUCAACCAAGCCAAUCUGGCGGAGAAGAAUGAUCAGGUCCCACGUAUGGACAGCAUCUACCGCCUCGCUUCACAGACUCUGGUCUGGCUUGGCGAAGGCGACCACACCAUCUCUCUCGCAUUGUCACUGGUGCUUAAAAUAGUAGAGUUGCAGCUCCAACAACCCGAACAAUCGUCUUUGGGCAUGGGAAUGGCUUUGCAACAAGUCCUCCGUGUACGAUCCGAUGUCUUCGAGAAAUUGCUCCAGCUACCCUGGUUCCACCGCCGCUGGAUCUUACAAGAGAUCUCCUUGGCCCAAGAAUGCCACAUGUUGUAUGGCGAGACGGCUUACUCCUGGACCGUUGUCAGGAAAGGCUUCGAGCUACUACAGCAAGCACAGGGUGACUGGCUGGGCAUGCAGACCAGACUAUUCGACAACAAGGCCGAGACGGCCAUCCGGACGAUGCUUAGUCUGAAUCGCUAUAGCGGUCAUAUUCUAGAUCUGCUCUGGGACUUUCAUCAUGCGGCUUGUAAGGAGAAGCAUGACAAGAUAUAUGCACUAUUGGGUCUCCUGAAAGAUGCAGCUCCUGGAGACUCCGAAGUAGGUGCGUCCGUAACGGUGGAUAUUGACUCUGACGAGGCACUCGCAAGCUUCGCUGCUCUGGCUCUGGAACAGAAAACGCAGCCCGAGCCAUUCGCAGUUGUGGUAGACUAUCAGAGGUCUUGGCAGGAGAUCUUCACGGAAAUCGCAGCCUACUUCGUUGCUACUGGAUCCUUCGCUGCUAUUACGAGACAUCUGUAUGCCUUUGGCUCUCUGGCGGAAGGCAACCCAGGUCAGCCUUCGUGGGUGCCAGACUGGUCGCGCGAGCGCAGAGUCGAACCCAAAGGUGGGCUCAGCAAGACUGUCCCGUGGGUUAAGGCAGUGGAGGUGGAGCAUACUAUCGUCCAUCUUAUCGGCCACAAGCUCGGCGAGGUCGAGCAUGUCUGGCAGGACUUUCCUGCGGAGGCGUCCGAGUUCAGAGCUUGCAUUGCUUCGAUCGCUGCUGGUGGUGUCGAAGAGAACGGAGUUGAGAUUAGCGAUACUCCCGCCAGAAAAGUCGCGACUGGUAAGCUGAUCAGAACUGGUCUAGACACUGCAGUCCUUGAACCGAUCAAUGAUACCACCAGCAACAUCACCGAGGCUUACAUCGUGAACGACCUGGCUGCUACAGGUAUCUCGAAAGUGCUCUUCGACGGAGAACAGAAUCGGAGCCAUGACGGACUGCUCACUGGCAUACAACGCUGUCUCAAGUCCGCAGCCUUUUUCUCCACCAGCGAGAGUGAGGUUGGCGUAACAGGCACAAAGAUACAGCAAGGCGAUGUCAUUGUUGACAUUGAAGGCUACCAUGCACUGCCUGAUGGCGCUUUCAAGCAACAAGUGGGCGGCGGUACUCACAAGUCGCGGCAAGCAGCUAUCCUACGACGAAUCAAGGUGACAUCCAAGGAGUGUGGCAAGCCAGACUGCCAGUGUAGAAGCACAGCUGAAUCAUAUCAGCUAAUAGGGCCGUGUGUUGUUGUUGGCGACAACGCUCGAUCAAGCGAGCCCGGGCGGGAAUACAGCAUACUGUAA